GCAGCAUGCUGUUAUCCACCCUCUGGAGAAUGUGAAAAAUGAAGGUUUUCAGGCGGUCUGAAUUAUGUUUAGAAGUGAACUCUCUUACGACCGGCUUGAGGGAGUGUCUUCAUGUACUCCGCCUAGUGUGAGUGCAGAACAUGUGUAGACAGACAGGAACAACUCACACAUGUCACACAGCCUCAAUUACAGUAGCACGCUCUGAUCUGGGCUAUACUUGAAAACAUAGUCACAUGGUUUGAAAAGGAAAAAAAAAAGCAAGAAGGAGGAGGAAGUUAGGACCGGAUAGCAGCAUGCUUACCUGGCAGAGUUUUAGUCUCAUGAAUUUACCUGACACUUCUGUGCUCUUGGGCACCUGUUGGAGGAACUGACUUGGCCAGUGAGGCCCGCAUAAAGGACAUGACCCAGAACGGCACUGUAGCCGGCAAUGGCACUCAAGCUGAUGCACUCAAAAUCGUGAUCGUCGGAGAUGGAGGUUGUGGAAAGACAUCCCUGCUAAUGGUGUACGCCAAAGGAGAUUUCCCUGAGAAAUACGCUCCAUCUGUGUUCGACAAAUAUGUCACCACUGUGUCUUAUGGAGGAAAAGACAUUCAGUUGAAUCUCUAUGAUACAGCAGGCCAGGAGGACUAUGAUCGCCUGAGGCCUCUGUCGUAUCAAGAAGUAAACCUUGUUAUCAUCUGCUACGAUGUGACCAAUCCAACAUCAUUCGACAAUGUCACAAUAAAGUGGUACCCAGAGGUCCAUCAUUUCUGCCGUGACGUCCCCAUUAUCUUGAUAGGGUGCAAAACGGACCUGCGAAAAGACAAGGAGAAGACAAGGAAGCUCAAAGCCUUAGAUAUGGCGCCCAUCACCUACACCCAGGGUGAAAAGAUCCAGAAGGAAUUGAACGCUGAUGUAUACCUGGAGUGUUCGGCUAAAUAUAGAGAAAACGUUGAGGACAUUUUCAGAGAAGCGACCAAGCGAGCGCUAGCGGCCAGGGCUAAAGCAAGACACCUCCAGAAGAAGAGGAAUCGCUGUACCAUCCUGUGACCAUUCCUGAAAGAAAUAGAUUUCGUUCAAGUUUUGUAUAUAUGAACUAUGAUAUAUUGUAAACAUUCUGGAAUCAUCUGCAAAGCUUCUCAGAAUCGUUUAAGCUUCCUCGAAGGAAUAUUUUUUCGGGACAUUGUCUCACAAGCUUCCCACCAAG